ACGGUUAUGUUCUGACGUCAUCCAGGAAGUGGAGAACAGAAAUUCAUACAAGCUGCUCUAGAGUGUUAGCCAAAUGAAAGUAAUUAUUAAGGUUCAUUUCGCCAGAUAGUUAUCACCGGUUAUUAGUGUCAGACUGUGUUGAUUUUUAGUGGCCAGAUUUGAAAACUCGUACAGUCAACUGUUAUGGUGAAACAAGCAUGCAACAAAUAUUAGGAAAUAUCGCAAAGGAUCAGAGCGAUAGACAAGAUGAACAUGAUCACAUUCUUUAUCGUGGGACUUCUGGUCCAUGUGGUCUUCUUCAUCUCCAUAUUUGACAUCUACUUCACAUCACCUUUGGUUCAUGGUAUGAGUCCUCAACAUGUGCCCUUACCCUCGCCCGCCAAGCGCCUGGUGCUCUUUGUGGCAGAUGGUCUGAGGGCCGACAGCAUGUUUACGCCCAACAUCAACCGCACCAGCAGGACGCCCUAUUUAAGGAGUGUAAUUGAGGAGAGCGGUUCAUGGGGAGUGUCACACACACGUGUACCUACAGAAUCCCGUCCUGGACAUGUGGCGCUUAUAGCGGGCUUUUAUGAGGAUGUCAGUGCUGUGGCUAAAGGCUGGAAGGAGAAUCCAGUGGAGUUUGACUCUGUGUUUAAUGAAAGUAGGUACACAUGGUGUUGGGGAAGUCCUGACAUCCUGCCCAUGUUCGCUAAAGGAGCGAGUGGAGAUCAUGUGUACACUCACACUUAUCCUGCUGCGAUGGAGGACUUCGCCUCAAAGGACGCCUCCAAACUAGAUACCUGGGUGUUCGAUCAAGUGAAGGACUUCUUCAGAUCGGCCAAAGAGAACCAAACUCUCCUGUCUCAAUUGCGUGAAGAUAAGAUAGUGUUUUUUCUUCAUCUUCUGGGAAUCGACACCAACGGACACGCCCACCGGCCCAUGUCAAAGGAGUAUCUGGACAACAUUGGCCUGGUUGACGGCGGAGUGGCCGAGAUCGUUUCUGUGUUGGAGGAGUUCUUUGGGAAUGAUGAGAGAACAGCGUACGUUUUCACAGCUGAUCACGGCAUGACAAACUGGGGGUCGCAUGGAGCCAGUCAUCCAUCAGAGACCCUCACGCCCUUAGUGGUGUGGGGGGCCGGAGUUCAGAGAGCUCAGAGAACCGCCACUUUUCAAAAUCAUGACAAUGACGACUACGUCAGAGACUGGGGGCUGGAGACGUACAGGAGGAUUGAUGUCAACCAGGCUGAUAUUGCACCACUCAUGUCAUCUCUAAUCGGGGUUCCCAUUCCACUCAACUCUGUGGGUGUCCUGCCACUCGAGUACCUCAAUAACAGCCAGCAUUUCAAAGCCGAAAGCAUGUAUGCGAAUGCUGUUCAAAUCCUGGAGCAGUUCAAGGUGAAAAUGAUGCAGAAAAAGGAGACCACUUUGUCAUUUCUCUUCACGCCAUUCCAACCUCUGACUGAUUCGAAAAUGACUGAGUUUAUGAGUCACACAAGAUCACUCAUCCAGAAAGGGCGCUUUGAUGAAGCUAUUCCUCAGUGUGAGGUUCUGAUAGAUCAGGCCAUGCAGGGAUUGUCCUACUACCACACCUACGACCGCCUUUUCCUGGGCUGCAGCGUUGUCUUAGGUUUCAUCGGAUGGACAUCUUAUGUGGUUUUGGUCAUCCUGAAGACUCAUGCCAGCCUGCGCAAACCACCUGCAAGCAGAGACACGAUGGCAGCAAGACGUGUGGGUCGGGUGUUUUUGUGCGUAGGCCUGCUGGUGUCUCUCUUCCUGUUUCUUCAGGCCAGUUCCUUCACCUACUACAUCUACUGCCUGCUGCCUGUCGCCGUGUGGUACGGCGUCCUGAAAGAAUUCGGGAUCCUUGUCGAUCUUAUCAGAUCCGUUCCUUCCCUGCGCCUGAUCAGAUGCUUUGGAUAUUUUGUUCUAGCUACAUUUGGGUUAGAGCUACUGGUUGUGAGUUUUUUCUAUCGGGCCAUGUUGACCCUGGGACUGAUAGCGUUGGCACUGUGGCCUGUCCUCUCAGGGCUUUAUAGAAAAUCCAAGUCCAGGUCAGUGAGCUGGGUGUUGAGCUGCUUGUGCUUGGCAGUGUUUCCUCUAUUGCCUGUUGUCGGACGAGAACCCAACACCAACUACGUGUUAUGCGCUGGAGCUAUAACGCUGUUCGCGUCGUUCCCCUACAUCUUUUCACGUCGACACAUGGGCCUGCAUACGAAGGAUCGUUGGCUGUUUAUUGGCCAGAUGUUGCAAGUGGCGCUGUGCACAUACGUGCUUUUAAGCACACACUCCAGUCUGCAACUCAAACAAGGCCUGCCGCUCUUCAAUCAGCUCGUCAGCUGGCUCUCUCUGGCGUCGUCGUUUUUUGUGCCGCUGCUGAGUUCUACGCGACUCUUCUACAGACUGCUGAGUAUUCUCAUGUCCCUCUUCUGUGUGUACCUUCUCCUCAGCACCGGGUACGAGGCCAUGUUUCCUCCCGUACUGUCAUGGCUGAUGUUUGUGUGGAUCCACAUGGAGCAGGAAACCGUGGACGCGCACAGAAUGUCCAGCAGAAAUGAGCUCUCACGCAUUGAUUUUGCUGAAAAUAUCGACUUAUCCAGAAUCAGGCAGCUGAGUUUGGACGAUAUCAGAAGAUCGUACUUUUUUGUAUUCUUCAUAAUCGUUGCAUUCUUCGGCACAGGAAACAUUGCCUCCAUCAACAGUUUUGACCCAGCUUCUGUCUACUGCUUUCUAACGGUCUUUAAUCCUUUUAUCAUGGGUGGACUUUUAAUGUGGAAGGUCCUGAUUCCAUUCAUAAUAGUAAUGUGCACAUUUGAAAGUGUUCAAGUGUCAACACGGCUUUCGUCACGAAGUCUUUUCCUCAUCGUGCUGGUCAUCUCUGAUUUGAUGGCACUGCACUUCUUCUUCUUGGUGAAAGACUACGGAAGCUGGCUUGAUAUCGGCACAAGCAUUAGUCACUACGUCAUUGUCAUGACCAUGACCAUCUUCCUGAUGCUGCUGAGUGUGAUGACGCACAUCCUGACCUCGAAUAAACUCCAGAUUGGACAAAAAGUGAAGGUGCACUUUAAGUGAUCUGUUUUAGACAGUGCUGGGAAAAAGAAAACGCUUUAGGUGUUAGGGCGGCAUCCUGGUUAUAACAACACUUGGUUUGCACUCUAAGUACAGUACAAUUUCUUGUAAGGACACUUCCGGCAAAGACACUAUUUGGAGGGAGGUUGGUUUGGGGCUAUGCAAAUCUUCACCCAUAAACUUGCGGGAAAUUGAGCAUGCUCUGAAAAGGAAACAGGAAAACGAGCAUGCUGCCGUAACUCUUAUUUUCAGUAUUGGUAUGAAUAGUACAGUUCUCGUGCCAUAUUGUUUGAACUAAAAGAAAUAAACACAUGAUGUGUUGGUGAGACUGUGUGUGCUUCAUAACAUGUGUAAAAAAAAAAAAAAAAAAAAAAGAGGUACUUAUAAAACUAUACUGAUUGAUUUUAUUUGUGCAUUUAUUUAAUUUUUAAAAAAAAAAUCUUCCACAUGAAUAAUUUAUGCAAAUCAGAUUGGAAAGCUUGAAUACUUUUUUGGUUUGUGCUAAAUGUGGACUAUGUACAUGUGAUGACUUAAGCUGUACUGUUAAAGGGCUACUUUUUUAAAUAAUACUGUAUCUUUUUUUUUUUUUGGUUUCUGUUUGGUGUUUAUUAACUUUAUAUCGGACAGAAUAAAGCGUGAUACUGAGAUCGGAUUAAGAACAUCGUCAGUCUUUCUUUUUUUGUUUGUUUUUGUGGAUUGAUUUAUUGAUUAAAACACACUGUAGAGACAGAAAAAGGUGUUUCCUAUUAUAUGAGCUUUACUUGAUCUUGUUCUUGACAUUAGCCUAACAUUAGCUUAUUUAUGUCAUUACAGUCCCCAACGAAAAUAUUAGAACGUCAAGGCCAAUUCUGUUGUUUUCGCUAUACAUUGAAGACAUUUGGGUUUGACAUCAAAAGACGAAUAAGAGAUGAUAGAUCAGAAUUUCAGCGUCAUUUUCUUAUACUUACAUAUACUUACAAGAUGUCCAGGGUUUUUUUUUUUCUUAAAGUGAUCAAAAAUAUUGGAACACGUGACUAACAGGUGUUUCUUGCUGCCCAGGUGUGCCCUGUUAGGUUGAUUGUUUAAAGAAUGAAUAGCUUUGAAUGUCAACUGUUCAAAUGGUUUGAGCCUACAGUUUCGCCUGUGAAGACUGCAUUUGUUGUUAAAAAGGAUAAACCAACAUGAAGACCGGAGAGCUAUCUAUGGGAGAAAAGCGUGCCGUUUUGAAGCUGAGAAAAGAGGGAAAAUCAAUCAGCUACAAAAGUUCUGGAACCAAGAUGAACCACCACCAGAGUGAUGGAAAGUCCAAAGUGUGGAAAAAGAAAGGAUCUGCUCAUGAAACAAAACAUACAAGCGCAUCUGUGAAACAUGGUGGAGGUAGCGUCAUGGCUUGGGCUUGCAUGGCAGCUUCUGGAAUAUUCUCACUAAUCUUUAUUGAUGAUGGAACUCAUGAUGGUAGCAGCAGAAUGAAUUCAGAAGCUUACAGGAAAAUUUUGUCACCAAUUUACAGAGAAAUGCAUCCAAUCUAAUUGGAAGGAACUUUCAUGCAACAAGACAUUGACCCAAAACACACUGUCAACUCAACAAAGGACUACAUCAGGGGAGAAAAGUGAAAGGUUUUAGACUGGCCAAGCCAAUCACCAGAUCUUAACCCAGUUGAGCAGCAUUUCACCUCCUGAAGAGGAGACUGAAGGGAGAAACCCCCUGAAACAAACAGCAACUGAAAAAAGCUGAAGUACAAGCCUGGAAAAGCAUCCCAGGGAGCAAGGAUGCAAGCAAGGGAUUUGCAGCCAAAUAUGAAUUCUUAUUUAUUUUAAAGUACUUCAAGACUUAUCUGUUCUGUUACUUUUGCACACCUAAAAAUUGGGUCACCCUUAUCCAGAGUGACUUACAUUUAUCUCAUUCAUACAUCUGAGCAAUUGAGGGUAAAGGGCCUUGCUCAAGGGCCCAACAAUGAGCUUCUCAUGACCUUCUGAGCAGUAGACAAACACCUUCACCACUAAGCUACCACUACCCACUGCGUUUAACACAUCUACAUGUGAAUAUCAUGAAAUGAAAGCUGAAAUUCUGUUCUAUCGUCUCAUAUUCGGGCCCCUUUUGAUCUCAGACCCAAAUGUAUUCCAAAAACGAAAGGAAUGUCUUUGCCGUUCCAAUACUUUCAGAGGGGAUUGUAUGUAUAAUAAUGCAAAAUCCUUUUAGAUGACGCGAGUCUUCCAAGAUGAUUUUUAACUUUGAUGCAUUUACUGAUCCGGAAUGGUUCAGAUGAUCUGCGAAGUAACAGCAUAACUGCUUAUCCAGCUGGUUGCUUCUGGUUCAUAUUUACAGUCUCUAUUUUUAACUUUGCUUCAUGUAACAUAGCUCAAGCAUCUCAGAAAAUCGCCUCUUGCGUUUUAGGAUCAAAUAGGAUCAACUUUUAAUCUUCUAACAGUGCUAAUCAACAUUGAGAUUUUCACAACCCUGGGGAUGCAGAGGUGUUUUUUUUUUUUUUGGUAGGGGUCUGUCUGUCUGUAUGUAUUAAUGUAUAUGUGUGUGCGUGUGUACGUGUGUGUUUGACUUAAUUUGAAUUUCAUUAUUAUCUCAGACCAUGCCACUACUUCCUUCCUCUGUCUGUGGCUACUCAAGGGAGACUUAAGAAUUUUCCAACUACACACAGAUUCUUUUAAGCAUCUUCUGCAUUAAUCAAAAUAAACCAGCUGGAGAGGUUGACAUUUGUAACAUAAAGGUAUAGCACAAAGCGAAAUAGAAAGAAGCUGAGUGAAACUAGUAUGCUCGGUUUGAGGAAACUGCUUAGAGGUGCUAUGUGCAAUUAGUGUGAAGGACAAAGCAGCUAGUGUUACAAGGCCCUCCCACCUCUCUCUCUCUCUCUCUCUCUCUCUCUCUCUCUCUCUCUCUCUCUCUCUCUCUUUUUUCUGUCUCACACAAAUGCACACACUCACAGACCACACACAUGCCUGCAGCUCAGUUUAGAGAAACAGUGCAGUUCCUACCUAAAUGAAGAUGGGGGGACUGAGACACCAGCACUAUGCUCUACUUCCUCUAGCGCUGUCUAUACAAUCCAGCUUCUGCUCUAGUGGGAAGGGAAUAUGCCAUAGGUGCUGGGGUUGACUGCAGAAAACGCUGCUCUCUCUGAAACCUACUGUCCAACCAUUGCAGGAAAGGAGGAAGAGAACAACGGUUGUGCUUUACUGAUCAAACUGAGCGUUGUUGAUAUAAAGUGGUUACAGCUGUUAUGUCCCUGACUGUUACCUUAUGAGUGCUGUGUGGAGAGACAAAAAUAACUUCUCAAAUUCUCUGCCAAAAGAUCCAUUUACAUUUUUGAUUCUCUUAACCUCAGGUAUUUCAAUAAUAAUAAUAAUAAUAAUAAUAAUAAUAAUAAUAAUAAUAAUAAUAAUUAAAGGCAGCUAACUUGCAUAAGAUGAACUGCUAGUUUUCUUGGUAAGGUUCUUUAAAGGUGAAGUUUAAUAUUUAUAAAUUUCCUACUAAUCCAAAUUAACUGUAUAAAUAUGUGGAAAUUGUUUUUAAAAAACAACUGUUGUGUAUUAUCGGUUAUCGGGCUGAGAAACCAACAGUGUUUUCAUCAGGAUGCUUGUCUGUAUGUACGUGUAUCUCCUGUCUGUCUUUUUACAGAAACGCCCCAACUCCUCUUCACCUCAGUCUGUUCAGAAAGGGUUAAUGUAUCUUAAGAGCAAUGGUUCUGAAUUCACCCCACCCCCCUUUUAAAAAUAUUGUUACCAUGGUGGAAAUCACAACCUACUGUCAUCAAAUAUAUCAUAUUUAUUAUAGUGUUCAGUUGACUCUUGUAUAUUUGAAUAAAUAGCCUAAUAUUUAAAUUGUUUGGAUCGUGUUUCAUUUAUUUUACAGUUAAAGGGGUCUCUAGAUGAAAAAAGGUUUGAGUACACAUGCUUUAAAAAAAAAAGCAAGGGAAGGAGAGGGCUGCGUGGUGUAAAUUGAGGAUUUGGUGCCUUCUGCUGUCUAACACAGAGAACGGCAAAUACAAUAACUGCAAAGAAAAAAAAGAAGAAGAAGAAG